AUGGCAGCUCUCGAAUCUGCCAAUUUUGCGCCUCGAUUCAGCUCGCACUUCACGUUAAACACCAAUAGAAUUCAUCCUCGCAAGCGAUUAUCAAGUAAAUUCGGGGAAAAAUUUAACCGGAAAACUUUAAAGUGUUCUCUUGUCGAAAAGCAAAAGCAGGGGGAUAAGGAGGUUUCUAGAGUGUUUACCAAGGAAGAAAACGGGUUGAUCGAUGCUCUUAUAGGAAUUCAGGGCCGCGGCCGCUCUGCUUCUCCUCAGCAACUCCAAGAGGUUGAACGUGCAGUGCAGAUCCUAGAAGGUCUGAAAGGCACGUCUGAUCCAACAAGUUCAAGUUUAAUUGAAGGUCGAUGGCAGUUAAUGUUCACGACAAGACCAGGAACAGCAUCUCCGAUUCAGAGAACAUUUGUCGGGGUUGACUCCUUUAGUGUAUUUCAAGAGGUAUAUCUUCGAACGGAUGACCCUCGUGUGUCCAAUGUUGUAAAAUUCUCUGAUGCAAUUGGUGAGCUGAAAGUAGAGGCAGUGGCAUCAAUUAAAGAUGGCAAAAGGAUCCUUUUCCAGUUUGAUAGAGCAGCUUUUUCUUUUAAUUUUUUGCCCUUCAAAGUCCCAUAUCCUGUACCUUUCAGACUUCUUGGAGAUGAAGCCAAGGGCUGGUUAGAUACUACAUAUUUGUCUCAAUCAGGAAACAUUCGUAUCUCACGUGGAAACAAGGGAACUACAUUUGUGCUGCAAAAGGAAACUGAAUCAAGGCAAAGAUUGCUAUCAGCCAUUUCCACUGGUAGAGAAGUCAGAGAGGCAAUUGAUGAGUUCGUUUCCUUAAAUCAAGAUGUAGUUAAAAAUGAAUUGGAACUUCUUGAAGGAGAGUGGGAAAUGAUAUGGAGUUCACAGGUGGAAACUGAUAGCUGGAUAGAGAAUGCUGCAAAUGGCUUAAUGGGCAAACAGAUUGUCAAGCCAAAUGGAGACUUGAAGUUUGUUGUUGACAUAUUUUUCGGGUUCAAAUUUUCCAUGACUGGAAAAUAUGCGAGAUCUGGUUUCAAUACAUAUGAUGUUUCAAUGGACGAUGCAGCAAUUGUGGCUGGUCCAUAUGGCCUUCCGGCAGAAAUGGAAAGCAAGUUCACGUUGGAAUUGCUGUAUACUGAUGAUAAAAUUAGAAUUAUUCGGGGCUACAACAAAAUUCUUUUUGUUCACAUCCGUGUCAAAUGA